UGAAAAUAUCACUACAUGCAAUUCCUCCAUUUUUGGACCGUAAAAUUUCAUCGAAAAUUGAAAAGGUUUUGGACGACACCUACCCAAAGCCUGUAGAUUUCUCAAAGAAUGGGUAAUUCAAUAUCACCGCAUUUGGAAAGUGCACAAAAAACCGGUGUUUGCUCUCUUUGUGGCAAAGGACUUUCUGAGGUAAGAACGAUCGAUCCACGAUCCCCUAAAAUUAAAAUGCACUGACUUACAAUGAUUUAGCCAAUUAGAGUGUGCACUGUACAAUAUGGCUUCUUUUUUUUAGUUUGGGAAACAGUUAGUUGAGCCUUAGUCAUCAGUGCCAAAGACCAUCGUCUUGAAAACGGUAAACCUUGAAAACUAAGACCUUUAAAGAUCCAUGACCCAAUAUACAGUGUAUUAGAGUUUAGACACAGGGAGCCCACAUAAUCUGUUUGUGUAGCCGAUUGUUAUUUUAUAGUAAAUGUACUGGAUUUACCGUUUGCUUCACCUAUAGCGAUAUAUCGCUAACUAUGUAUAUAAAUCAAUGAUAAAUAACGUUGAAUUACUUUACCUGUGGUAUAUAAUCGUCCUUUUACCUCAAAAGCGGUUUUUUGAGCGAUUUUGAAGGAGUUUGAUUUCGCCGUUGACUGUUCCUUAAAAUAGAAGGACAAGGGUGGAAUCCAUGUUUUGAAAGGGCUCCAGUGCCGGAGCGAUUUUUUCCCCCAAAAUCGCAUUGCUCCGCUUUCAAACUCCGCAGCAAAAAGGUAGAAAGAUUCACGUUUCUCCUCGUACCUUCCGAUCGAAAAUCCAUCCAAACAGCCCGGAGCUAGCCGUCAAAGAAAAUUAAAAUCCCACAGUAUUUGAGCGGCUGGAAUGCGUAGCAAGAUUCAUACGUGCCAGCCACAAACCGUUCCGCUGAUUGCCUUUUUUUUAUUGGAUGUCGUUAACCAAAUGGUUAAAUAAUAACUGAUGAAGAAGACUUGGUAAGCGUUUGUUGUUUAACGACAUCCAAUCAAAAAGAGGCAAUCAGCGGGACGGUUUCUGGCUGGCACGUAUCAAUCUUGCUACGCAUUCCUGCCGCUCGAAUACUGUGGGAUUUUAAUUUUCUUCGAGGGCUAGCUCCGGGCUGUUUGGAUGGAUUUUCGAUUGGAAGGUACGAGGAGAAACGUGAAUCUUUCGAUCUUUUUGCUACGGGGUUUGAGAGCGGAGCGAUGCGAUUUUUGCGGGGAAAAUUGCUCCGGCACUGGAGCCCUUUCAAAACAUGGAUUCCACCCUUGUCCUUCUAUUAUAAGGAACAGUCAACGGCGAAUUCAAACUCCUUCAAAAUUGCUCAAAAAAACCGCUUUUGAGGUAAAAGGACGACUAUAUACCACAGGUAAGGUAAUUCAACGUUUAUUUAUCAUUAAUUUAUAUACAUAGUUAGCGACAUAUCGCUAUAGGUGAGGCAAACGGUAAAGCCAGAACAUUUCCUAUAAAAUAACAAUCGGCUACACAAACAGAUUGUGCGGGCUCCCUGUGGUUCAGACGGAUUGAAAAAACUACUCGCGUUAAUUUGUCUAGAACUUGUGAAAAAAAAGAGAAGAGGAAAAAGAAAAGAGUUUCGAAAACCGGGAGAUCAUUAAUCAAAAGCAGGAGGCUGGAAAUAUUUGCCGAAAACAGGAGUUUUCCAGCCAAAAUGGGAGGGUUGGAAUCUCUGAAUAAAACUAAACACUAUGAUAAAUAUUGAUACUCUAUACCCUGCUGUUAUUACAGUCGCAUCUACAAAUCGUUUGAUUGUGUUAGGUUGGUUAUGUCAGUGUAGACAAUGCUAGUUGUGGCUUUCUUAAUAUCGCAGUCAAUGCCCCAGUUUCAUUUUAAAAUGCAUUUUUUGGUUGCAAGAGGUCUUAACUUUUGAGGUCUUUCUUUAAAGGUAGGUCUUAAUUUAUGAGGUCUUAGUCUUAAGAUAACCCAUUUCUGGAGAACUGUUCUUCAUAAUGAUAAUUAACAAUUAAUGAAUGAGGCUGAGUAUCUUAUGAAGAAUUAUGGAGAUCGAGGAGGGUGUUACGGCCUCGACGGAUAACACCCUCCGAAAUCUCCAUAAUUCUUCAUAUGAUACGAAAGCGGAAUUCAAUAAUUGUUUUAUUUUUCAUUCAAAAUAAUUCCUAGUUUAAAAACAUGGCUAAAACUUGCUUACUUCCAUCGAUCCAUAGAUGUUAAGUUCAUCUUUGAUAGUGCGCGUUUAGGUUUGUCCAGCUCCGCAAAUAUUCUCCAAAUAGCAGGUGUCGCCCUUUGAGUUGUCUUCUUGGUGUUCUUGCCAUGUUUUUAGCUAUUUUUUUGCCUAGUUCUUACUCUUGAAACGAGUGAAAUGUCCACCAUUUUUCAAGUUCACAACCAAAACAACUCAACCUCGUCCCCAGGUCUUCUUGGUUAACGGUGCAUUAACCUACAAGAACGCUGCAUUUUUGACGUCAUUUCCUCGCUAAACACAAAAUUCUUCCAAAUUUGGUCAUCAGAAACUGGUUAUGGUGAAUUAAACGUGUGCUUUUAGCCAAUCAGAAUCAAGGAAAUAUUUUGAAUGAGUAAUAAUAAUAAUAAAAAUAAUUUAUUCAUUUCUAUUGUGCAAAUUCAACUCCGGGUUUGCAAAUGCACUUUACAUUCAAUUUCUAAAAAGAAAACUACACAUACAAAAGUAUAAAAUUAGUAAAAUUAAAAUUACAGUCAACGAUGUUUACACACACACAUAUACAUAUAGACUAUAUGGAUUAAAUGGUUAAAAUCUAAAAUUACAUAGUAAGUUCCAUACUGUUAAAAUAAUGAUAAGGUAAUCAAAAUUGCUAUCUAUCUAUUACUAUCUAAUAAAUAGGUUAGUGAGUUCCACAGUUUUGGGGCGGCAGCUGAAAAGGCCCAGUUCCCAAGGGUAGGGGAUGUCCUAACAGAUGGCAGCUGCGGCAGUAGUGUGUCUUUGGAUCUCAGUCCAUAUUUAGAAUUCAGUUUGAGUGAAGUGAGAUCACUGAUAUAAUUAUGGCGGAGCUACACCAUGAAUGGCCUUGUACAUAAUAAGAAUAAUCUUGAAGUCAAUCCUGUGUUUAAUGUUUAACCAGUGAAGUUUAGUUAACAAAGGAGUAUCUGGGAGCUGUAUAAUUAUACAAGUCUAGCAACAGAGUUUUGCACGCGUUGUAAUUUCGGAAUGAGAGGAAGGCAAACCGUAAAGAAGAUAAUUCCAAUAAUCGAGGCAGCUCAUAAUGAAGGCAUGUAUUAAUUUCUUUGUUAUCUCCUGAGUUAAGAUUACAUGUAACUUCCUUAUCCUGCUCAUAUUAUGGAGAUAAUGAUACAUGUACAUCAUUCCUUAAGGCUAUAACGUCUGUGGGUAAAAGUCACUUUGCAAUAUUAAAAUAGGAGUUCCUUGGGUGGAAGCACUUUUCCAGUGAAUUGUAAAAGGCUGUUUCUUUAUUUAGCUUUGACCAUUAGUACAGCUGUAAUAACAUGAAGAGUCACCAAAUGUUUAACCCAAGUUAUUUCCAAAACCUGACAGGUUCCUCCUCAGCUGUUUCGUCUGGGAGCAUCUUUGCGAACACUUGAUCUGUCCAAUAACAGAAUCAAAGUCCUGCCUUCAGCAGUUGGAGGCUUUACUUCCCUUAAGAGCCUGACACUGACAUCUAAUCACCUUGGUAAGCAUUUAAUGGAAAUAAUUUUUUCAAUUUACAACUCAUUUACCUUUAGUUUUUAAGAGGUUUACCGUACCUUGAUUUUAAUAAUGGGAAAGGCACUAUUAAUGUAGAAAUAAUUAUUUACGAAUAAUAAUUUUAAAGCUGUACUGGUGUUUACAGUAUGUUCUGAAUCUUAAUAAUAUUAUUACUCCCUACAGUACUGUAAAAAGUGAAAAUCUACACCUGAUUUAGUUUUCAGUCAAAGAAAAAGAUCUGUAAAUGUAUAUUGAUUGGGUCCCCCUUUGUCUUUCUUUUCCUGUGGGCAGUUGACUAUUACAAAGGGUGGAAAAGGCUUUGAAGAUUAAGCCAAAGGUGAACUAAAUUCAUUAAUACAUUGCAUACCAUAAAUCCUCUAUCAAGCCCCCCUCUCAAAUAAGCCUUCUCUCUCUAAUAAGCCCCCCUCCUUUUCAGGGGAAAAAGGUUAAUGAGCCCCUCCCUCUCUUUUAAGACCCCCCUCCUCCCCUCCCCCCUCAUUAUUCUGCAAUAAUGAUAGACUGUAUUAAUCAAUCAUGACUGUAAACCUUUGUGUGGACUGAUCCAGGAUGGUUUAUUCAUCAACUGGAGGUUCAGAAUUGUUUUUGAUUCUCGGCUGCAUGACCUUCAACUUCAACCUUCUUAUACUUGAGCUUUUCCACUUUGUAUUCUAGUUUGUUAUGGAGAACUGAUACCAUUGCUUUGUUUAAUUAAAUAAACCCACCUCUUAAAUAAGCCCCCCCCCCCCUUCUGUAUUAUUGAAGCCCCCCUCAAAUGUACUUGAAUUAAAUUAGUAAGCUCCCUCUAGGGGCUUAGUGGAGGAUUUACAAUAGAUGAUAGAUCUCAAGAGUCCAACUCAGCUGGGCUCUCUAAAUUCCUAGCUCCAGUUGUUCAAACGUUGGAUAUACUGGAUUAAUCACUACAUCCAGUGGGUAAGUAUCAGGGAAACCAAUAUUAUGCUCCACUUGAUAGAAGUUUAUCCAGUGAAUAGUAUAUUAUCCACCUUUUGAACAUCUGGAGCCUGACCUCUUCACCUCUAUGCACACUCCCAUGCAAUAAUGUUACAUUAUGUUAUGUUACGUUACAUUACAUGGAUCAUUAUUUAUCACAUGUUUAUUUCAAUGUUUGAUUUCAGGUUCCUUGCCAUCAGAACUCUCACAGCUGAAGAAGUUAGAAAUCUUAGCUGUUGACAAAAAUGGUCUCAAGACCCUUCCUACUGGACUUUUCACAAACCUGACUCAUCUGAAAAACCUCUCGCUUUCAUCAAAUCAGCUGACAGCAUUUCCUGAAAGCCUUGGUGCAUUAAGACAUUUAGAUGCAAUUGAUUUGGCUGAUAACAAAAUACGCACUCUCCCUGGUUCUGUUGGAGAUCUGCAAGUUGUAGAACUUAAUAUGAACAGAAAUCAAAUUGCAUCACUCCCAGAUAGUCUGGCUAGGUGCACUCGCCUUAAGGUAUUAAGAAUAGAAGAGAAUUGUUUGCCUUUAGAAGCAGUCACCCCACAACUUCUGAAAGAGUCAUCAAUUUCUUUGCUUGCUGUGGAAGGCAACUUGUUUGAUAUUAAACAACUGAGAGAGACAGAAGGUUAUGACCAGGUAAUUACAAUGAUACAUGCAAUCAGUGUAGUUAAUACAUUGUUGGCUGUAGGUGUGAUUAUAUCAACAAUUAUUGUGAGGGGAAAGUGACUAUUACUGUAACGAUAGUACAUAUUUGGCUGUUCUUGUGGUGACAGUAACAUUGGUUAGACCAUGAGAAAUGUGUAGGUGCAAAUUCGUGAACAUUCAAACCCAUCUAAUGACUCUGAACCUGCCCAUCAACUCUGUGACAAACCUUUGCAUUAUUUUAGUUGGCCCAUACUCUGUACGGUCAAAUCUUUCCAACAGCGCAGAAUCUUUGAAGGCCUAAUGAUUCAUCAAAAUUAAUGGUACAUAUUGUUGUUCCUAUUUUCCUUUGUUUUAAACUCGUUUAUAACACAACUGUAAUAAACUGAAGCCAUGCUUUGCUUGUGUGCCUUGACACAAUCAUCUCAAAGCUAUACAUGUACUGUAUAAUGUUGAGAAAUGUUGUCUUUUCUUUUCUCCACAGUACAUGGCACGUUUUACAGCAACAAAGAAAAAGUUUACAUAAUUGCUCAAAAAGUGCAUUGAACUAUUGGUAGUACUGAUCCUUAAUUCUAGCUCUGUUUUCUGAGUAAACCAGUGUGGAUUUUUGGAAUAGCACAGUACACUACAAACCUUGUUUUAAGGCACUGAAAAAGGUUUAUGUGAAGUGUAAGCAAACUUGUCUGUGAUAGAACCUUUUCCAGGUGUGGAGAACUCACUGACAGUGAUAAUAUACAUGUGUAGCUUACAUGUAUAUAUAAAAUUAUAUUUAAUAUCAUAUCUUUUUAACAAUUUAGACCAUGUGACGUUCUGAAGGGAAUUUGCCUUUGUUCGUUUCAUUAAAUAUGUAUGCAUGUACAUGUACAUGUAUACACGUGUAUAGGAUAACAUUUGUUUGAAAGAAACAGUUCUCUAGGGUACCAUCACGUAGUCUCAAUUCUCAAAACAUCAAGGCUAAAAAGGCCUUUUAUAAAGAGAGUAUACCUGGUGGCACUAAGUUUUACCCAAGAUGAAUAAUUUGCAGAUCAGCAGUUGGAUUUUGAAGGAACUAGGUUGCAAUUGUGAAAGACUGGCUCAGUUCUGGGAUUUUUUUCUUUCCUUUUUUUAUAAAAUAAAGGAGCGAAUUAUCUUUAAAAAACCACAAUAUUCCUCAUUUAAUUUAACUCUGCUUGUUCCUUUAA